UCCCCUGCACUUUUGCAUGGUGUGGUAAGUUUUAUCAUCCUCGUUGUAUUGCAAUCUUAAGUCAUCAAGACACUGGAGUUUCUGCUCAAGAGCUGGAGAAAAGAAUUAAGGUGGGGGAAUCAUUUACAUGUCCAAUUCAUAAGUGCUGCUCUUGUAAUCGAGUAGAGGAUAAGAAGGAUCCUGAAUUACAGUUUGCUGUGUGUCGGCGUUGUCCGACAUCCUACCACCGUAAAUGCUUGCCACGGAAACAUAAAAUAGUCAAAAGCCUUGGAACUCCAAGAAGGGACCAUGUUAAAUUCCCUGAUGUCAGUGACAAGGAAUUUUCUGUUGAGAAAAAGACAUAUUUUCAAGAUAAAAAGAGAAAAUUAACAUCAGAGUCCCAUGUAUUUGGUGAGAAUUCUGUGACGAGGAGAAGAAGGCUUUUUUCAGAAGGGUUGCAUAUAGCAGAAAUUGCUCCUACACCAUUAAGCCAAUCAACCAGUGAGCAUUCUGCGGUGAUGAGAAAAAGGCUUUCGUCAGAAAGGUUGCAUAUUGAGCCAAUUAAGGAGUGAGAAUUCUGUGUCGAUGAGAAAAAUCUUUCCUCAGAACGGAUGCAUAAAGAAGAAAAUGAUCAAUUAAUGAGCCUAUUGAUUUCAGCUGCAACAGCUGCAAAAGCUUUGAAGGACAGUAAACUCAAGUCUGCGGUAGUCAAUCCUUCCUCGAGACAAUCGGGCAGCCCUCCAGCUUCCUUGGAUUUUGCUGCAAGAAUGACAAGACAAUCAGGCAGCUCUCCAGCUUCUUUGGAUUCUGCUACAGGAAUGACAAAACAAUCAGGCAGCCCUCCAGCUCUUUUGGAUUCUGCUACAAGAAUGACAAGACAAUCAGGCAGCCCUCCAGCUUCCUUGGAUUCUGAUACAAGAAUGAGAUUAGAUGCUAUAAUGAAACAUGCUGCUGUGCCGGAGGAUGUAAUAAGAAAGUACACCCAUGCAUCCUCAGAAAGAACUGAUGCGGAAAUGCACAUUACACUGGGAAAGGUGGAGGAUUCAGUUGAGGUUGUUGAACAGCGGUAAUGGAAGGCUGUUAAGAAUUCGAAUGUGGCUGUCUAUUCUCGUCCAGCAA